AAUUGCUCUUAGUUGUAUGUUUACUCGCGUGUGGACCUGCAUCACCUCCAUUGGCCGAUCUGGUCACAUGGUUCGCUAACUUUAUUCAGUUGACACCAAGUAGGAGGGCUUUAUGGAGGGAAGGGGAAAAAAAGACAACUCGAGAAAAAUUAGUAUUUUCUACCUUCAGAAAUUAAUGGCCAUGAGUUCGUAUAUGGUGAACUCUAAGUAUGUGGACCCGAAAUUUCCUCCCUGCGAGGAAUAUUCACAGAAUAACUAUAUACCUGACCAGGGCUCGGACUUCUUCAGUCCAUCGCAGGACACAGACUUUCAGCAUCCAGGGAUCUACCCACGGCCAAACUACACGGAGCAGCCCUUCAGCUGCACCACUGUGCAGGACUCCACGGUGCAGCCAAGGGGUCAUGUGCAGGAGAGAUCCGGCCGCGCGAGCCCCUUUGGCGCAGAGACUGAGCAGGGGCCCCCGGUGCCCGUGGCCGGACCCCGGACUUGUGGACAGCAGCAGAACACAAAGAGUCUAAAUGGGAUACAAGCCAAGCAGCAUGCAGUAGUUUACCCCUGGAUGAAGAAAGUCCACGUUACUAAUGUGAACCCAGAUCACACGGGACCUGAGCCCAAACGGUCCAGAACAGCCUACACCCGGCAGCAGGUCUUGGAGCUGGAGAAGGAGUUUCAUUUUAACAGGUACCUGACCAGGCGGCGGCGGAUCGAGAUUGCGCACACGCUUUGUCUCUCCGAGAGGCAGAUCAAGAUCUGGUUCCAGAACAGACGGAUGAAAUGGAAGAAAGAUCACAAGCUGCCCAACACCAAGGGCAGAUCUGCACCAGCCUCCAGCCAUCUGCAGAGCAUUCAGAAGGAUAACCAGACUGAUAUCACAGCAUUAUAAGGAAGGAUGGAUAAAAGGAAGGAAGGAGAGAGGUGCCAUGUCUUAUUAGAAGUUAACUGUACAUAAAAAAAGACAAAGGUUGCAUCUGACUUUUUUGCAUGGACUGAUGUCGUUCUUUACCUUUUAUUAUUUUUUUAAUUUAACGAAAAUGACCCCAGCAGUGUUGACUCAAGACUGAGUCAGAAAAUCAAUCAGUAUUUGUAACUGAGAGAUUUGUAAUUUUGCAAGUUCCUUCUUUUAAUUUUCCUCAAAGAGACACAAAUGCAUCGAAACUUUAUUUUUUUCUUUACUUGGGACGUUUCACCCCGAGGACAUUUAAUGAUCAACCCUCGCCUGAUUUCGUGGAUUUAAACCAAGUGAUUCUGCGCCUCUUAUAACGUGGAUUCACAGACUUCUUUAUUCAGAACAGGGAAGCCCUUCGUUCCAAUUACGCACAAAGGUUGUUUCAGUUUUAUUUUUCUUGCCGGUGAAACUUCAUAUUAAACGCACAAUAAAUAAA